AUGGCAACCGAGGAUGCUAGGUACAGGCAGUCCAGCCAAUAUCGGCUGUGGUCUUUCACGCCUGCUCACCUCGCCAGUCUCCGAGAAACCACCAAUUCUCUCGCACAAACCCAGAUUUCUAAUCGCCUUCGUUCCUCAGACACACCUGUCGACCCAUUGCCAAACUUCUUGACCCCAGCCGAGGAAUACCAAAUUUUGAACCACUUUACCCUCGAGCUCCUACGCGCUGCACCCUACUGUCAUCUGCCAACCGACAUACAAGCCACCGCUGCCACCUUUUUACGACGCUUCUAUGUCACCAACAGUGUUAUGACCUACCCGCCACAGGAACUUAUCAAGACAUGUCUAUUCUUCGGCUGCAAGGCGGAAGGCUCCUUCAUACGAGUGCAAAAGAUUGCCGACAUAUUCCCAAACACGACGGGCGAGAUGAUUCUUGCGGCCGAAUACGUGCUUUGCCAGGGCAUACGUUUCGCAUUCGAUGUGCGACAUCCAUUCCGUGCCUUAGAAGGAUCCAUCAUGGAAUUGAGAAGACUAGGCGAUUUUGACGAUGACAGGAUAAACAGAGCACAUAAGAGAACAAGAGACAUCUUAAAGUUCAGCCCAUUGGUUACAGAUGUCUACUUCCAUUAUACACCGAGCCAGAUCAUGUACGCAGCUAUGGCUAUAGCCGACGAAGAGUUGGUGCAAUGCAUGCUGCGAGAAGCGUUCACUGGCCAAGGCGAAGUUGCCAGGGAAAAGAUAUGGGGUGUGAUAGAAGGCUGCAAGGCCAUGCUAGAAAAAGAACCGCCGGAGAAGAUGAAUACAUAUUGGACAGACGCCGAGAGCACCAAGGCCAUCAAAGUUAUUAGGAGGAAGCUCACCAAGUGUCGAGACCCAGAUAGGGUCGACCUGGUUGCACUGCAGAAAUCACGAAGAGAGCAGGCAACCCAUAAGCCCAAGGCUAAAGCAGGUCUUCAAGCAGACGAGAAGGUAUUUGGAAAUAGCAACAACGAAGAACGCGAGUCUAAGAGACGAAAGGUUGCUUCGAAUGGAGAAGAUAUUUUCGGACCACCCCUUUGA